CGAUUUAUUAAAUUAUUUGAAACUUAAGUGAUUUUUAUUUCAUUUUUUACUGUAUCAAAUCAAACAUUUUUCAAGCAAAAUGAAAAUGUAUUUUUAUAUUUUAAUUGUUAUUAUUCAUUACUUAAUGCAUAUACAAGCCAAACCAUUAGACGACGAAGCCACUAGCUCAUAUGUGCAUCCAGAUUCAUUAACGAAGACAGCUAUAGAAGCUACUAAAAAUAAGUUGUGGCUUGCAAGCAAUGCUGGUCAAAUGAGCAUUAAAACUUUUUCUAAAUAUUUAUCAAAAGGAGAUUCUACGAAAUAUGAAAAUAUUUUAGAUGAAAUUGGAGCAAAUGGAGAUAUAGAAAUUAAUAUUGAUGGAUUAAUCAGUUCUGUGGCAGAAAUUAUGUUAGUACGGCAGGAAAUACUGAAUGAGUAUUCUGAUAAGUGUGUAGACGGUUAUAUCAAUCAAUCCGAUGCACUUGAAGCAAUAAAAAAAUGCGGUUUUACAGACGAUAAUAUAAUAAGUCAAAUGAUUAAUGAAGUUGGCUCUGAUUGGCUUGAUGAAAAGGGUAUCGAAUUUAAAAAACUUAUGAUUCAAGUAAUAACAAUGUAAAAAAUAUUUUGAUUGAUAUUGAUGGUAAAAUUUAACAUGAAUACAUGAAGCUCGCAAUUUAAUUGUUAAGGGUAACAUACUAGUAAAUAUACAGUUAAAAGUUUUUAAUAAUUUAUAGUUCUUAACUUUUAUUAAUUCAUAUUUGAAUCACACUCAAUGACCUAAAAAAUAUUAUUUCUCUAGAAAACUUUUUAUAAUAGCUAUGUAAUAAUAUUUAUAACUUUAUAUUAAAAAUUGUAAUUUAUCAAUGAAUGAAAAGCUAAUGAUAUUAUGUCAAAAAUUCUAAAAUUGAUUUAAGAAUAAAUUUAGAUAUUUUCUUUGUUAAUAAAAAAAAUACUGACAUUAAUGUAUCAUAAUCAAAUUAAACAUAUUUUUAGUUAAAAGCUCAGUGUUGUUCGUUCAUUGCUAGUGUUCAUUCACUUGUGUUGUCACCCUACAUUAGUUUUUUUAAUUUAAAUCGUUAAACACAUAAUUAUAAAUAAUUUCUUCUUAAGAUUUUUUUUAUUUUUAAACGUUAUGAAAUAUUUUACAUGUAAUAAGCUGUUUUAAAAAUUAAUAAAAAAAUAAAA